AUGUCGUCUUCAUCCGCAACCAUCGCAUCAAUCAACGAAGAGAUCCUAUCUCUCCAGAACAGAAUCAAAGAACUCAAGGUAUCCAAACAAGAUGCCUCGGCCGAAGUCAACUCCAUGAAAGCUCUGAAAGAACAGCUCAAAUCACUAACCAAAGAUCAAGCUUCGACCGGUAUUGCAUCGAAUUUCGUAUUGAAAACUCCAAAAGGAACUAUCGACCAUAAACCUGAAGCCGCCCUCCUGAGGAAGAAGAUCUUCUCAACUUUAGAAGGUAUUUUCUUGAAACAUGAUGCAAGUACGAUUGACACACCUGUAUUUGAACUGAAAGAGAUCUUAGCGGGGAAAUACGGUGAAGAUAGUAAAUUGAUUUAUGAUUUGAGUGAUCAAGGAGGUGAAUUGUGUAGUUUGAGGUAUGAUUUAACUGUACCAUUUGCCAGAUACGUUGCUAUGAAUGGUAUAACGUCAAUGAAGAGAUAUCAUAUCGGAAAAGUGUAUAGGAGAGAUCAACCGGUUAUGACUAAAGGAAGGAUGAGAGAGUUCUACCAAUGUGAUAUCGACAUAGCUGGAACGUGUGACCCGAUGGUAUACGAUUCUGAAAUCCUCAAAAUCCUCUGUGAAGCUUUGACAGCCCUUGAUAUAGGUCAAUAUACCGUCAAGAUCAACCACCGAAAAAUCUUAGAUGGUAUCUUCCAAUUGGCCGGUGUACCUGCGGACAAGACUCGAUCUAUCUCCUCGGCCGUGGAUAAGCUUGAUAAGCUACCUUGGUCAGAUGUCAAGAGGGAAAUGACAGUGGAAAAGGGAUUGGAUGAGAAAGUAGCCGAUAAGAUUGGCCAAUACGUGGGAUUGAAGGGACCUGGAUACGAUGUGUUGGAGAAACUUAAAUCUGACUCUGAUCUCAUGGGUAUACCACUUGCCAAGCAAGGUAUAGAAGAUAUGGAGAUUUUGUUUAGAUAUCUGAAAGUGUACAAGGUAUUGGAUAAGAUGUCAUUCGAUAUGUCCUUAGCUAGAGGAUUAGACUACUACACCGGUAUAAUCUACGAAGCCAUCCACGAGUCUUCCGCUCCUCCCACUAAAUCAACCAACCCAUCUGUUCCUCCAUCUUCCGAGCUCUCCACCAAGUCCGGCUCCAGUAAACCUUCCAAAUCCUCCAAGUCGAAAUCUGAUGCAAAUGUAGUGAUCAACGAAGAUGGGAUUGACGAAUCUACUAUCGGAGUAGGAUCUAUAGCCGCAGGAGGUAGAUACGAUAAUCUCGUAGGGAUGUUCGCCGAAUCAGCCGGUAAGAAGAUGAACGAGCAAGUACCAUGUGUAGGAGUAUCAGUAGGAGUAGAAAGAGUUUAUAGUAUAAUGGAAAUGAGGAGGAAACAGACUCAGGAGAAAGUAAGAGGUAAAGAAACUGAAGUUUUCGUACUGGGUCUUGGAGGAAUCGAAUUAGAGAAAAGGAUGGAGAUCGCUACGUUACUUUGGGAUAAUGGAAUCAAAACUUCCUUCUCACCUAAAGUUAAUCCUAAACCACCUGUUCAAUGGAAACAGGCUGAUGACGAUUCGAUACCCUAUGUAUUGAUCCUCGCACCAAAGGAAUUCGCAGAAGGCAAAGUGAGGAUCAAAGCUCAGUUGGGUAAAGAUCAGGCGGGUGCGGAGGACAAUAAAGGUGAGGAAGUGGAUUUGAAAGAUGUGGUUAGGUAUUUGAAAGAGAAAUUAGGUAGAGCAUAG